UCGUCAGUUCAACUCACCCUGAAGCACUCGUUCACUCGCUUGCACGGAUUUCGAUUGGAAAACAGUUCUAUGCUAGAGUCCGUGCUCGCGCCGAUCCUGCUUGUAAAUCUGAAGGAAAAGUUUCUCUCUUUCGCUCUCGUUUUUCCUCAGAGGGGGAGGGGCGAGCCAGUGUACAAAAACAAGCCAUUGUGUCUCCACCCUUCAGCCCUGCUUCCCACCCCUCCCCUCUCUCUGUAGGUGUGCUACCUGCUGGCCCUACGUGCCUGACUCUCUAAAGAGGGCAGGGAAACUGAGAAAGAGAACAGGGUACGAAGACAGGAGCCGGAAUAGACAAAAGAGCUCUCUGUCGAGUGGAAAAAAGGGAAGAGAAAGAGAGAAAUGUGAACAGGUGAGGCCGAGGUUUGAGACGUGCAGCUGUUGGGGGAAGAGCAGAGGACGGUGAGGAACCCCUGUGCAGAGUUGCUCAGGACUGGUUGGACAAGUUUCUCCAGCUCCCUCCCGCUCUCUCCUUAGACGCGUUUCGAAUCGUUCGUACUUUUGUACAUGGUUGUCUUGAAAGGAAGGGAAGGGUCAUAUUAAAAACAUAAGCCCAAAGAAGAGGAGGAAGGAGAGGGAAAGUCAGUUCCAAGAUCGACCCCUGAAAGGAAUUCAAGAUGCCAGAAGAGAACUUUUACGGAAAAAAUGGUGAACCAAGAAAAUAUGACCCCACUUUUAAGGGCCCCAUCUAUAACAGAGGCUGCACUGACAUCAUAUGCUGCGUCCUCUUCAUCAUCGCCAUACUGGGCUAUGUUGCUGUGGGUAUACUUGCCUGGUCUCAGGGCGACCCCAGGAAGGUGAUCUACCCCACGGACAGCAGAGGGCAGUUCUGUGGGCAGAUCGGCACCCCUCUGGAUCAGAAGCCCUUUUUGUUCUACUUCAACAUCAUGAAGUGUGCCAGUCCCUUGGUGCUGCUGGAGUUCCAGUGUCCUACCACGCAAAUGUGUGUGCAGAAGUGCCCUGAUAAGUUUAUGACCCUCGUCAAGGCUUACGUCAACAAAGAAGACUUCAAAUAUUACAAGAACUUCUGCCAGGAGGGGUUGACUGACAAAAUGACUGUCCCAGAGAUCCUGAAAGCUGGCCUCUGUCCUGCCAUGUUGACUCCUAGCAAGCCCUUCACACGGAGAUGCUUCCCAGCCCUGGGCCAAAAGGGAGGCGAGAUCACCGUGGGAAACAGCUCCCAUUUUGAUGACGGCUCGGGGACAAUGCGAGACGCCAAGGACCUGGUGGCAGGGGUCAAGAACGCCACAGUGGUGAUCGAGGCACGCCAGGUGGCUAUGAAGAUCUUUGAGGAUUACACUCACUCCUGGUACUGGAUCCUCAUAGGCUUGGUCAUCGCCAUGCUCACCAGCCUCCUGUUCAUCGUCCUCCUGCGCUUCCUGGCAGGCAUCAUGGUCUGGGUGAUGAUCGUCUUGGUGAUCCUGGUCAUAGGAUACGGCAUUUUCCACUGCUCCAUGGAGUACGUCUCCUUGAAGGAAACUCCUGGUUCAGACGUUACACUGCAGGACCUGGGCUUCCAGACGGACUUCGCUGUCUACCUCCAGAUCAGACAGACCUGGCUGGCCUUCAUUAUCAUCCUGGCCAUCGUGGAGGUCGUCAUCAUCCUCCUGCUCAUCUUCCUCAGGAAGAGGAUCCUUAUCGCCAUCGCCCUCAUCAAGGAGGCCAGCAGGGCCAUAGGGCAUGUGAUGUCGUCUCUGUUCUACCCCCUCUUCACCUUUGUCCUCCUGGCGAUGGUCAUCGCCUACUGGGCUGUCACCGCUGUUUUCCUAUCCACGUCUAAUGAGCCCAUCUAUAAGGUGUUCAACGAGACGGCGUGUGAGUACUCCAGACAGAACUGCGACCCAGCUAACUUCACCACCUCUGCCAUGAAGGCCAGCUGCCCAGACGCCCAGUGUCUGUUUGCCUUGUACGGUGGCGAGACGCCCUACCACAAGUACCUGAUCGGCCUGCAGUUCUACAACGUCUUCCUGUUCUUCUGGUGCGCCAACUUUGUCACGGCGCUGGGUCAGAUGACCCUGGCCGGGGCCUUCGCCUCCUACUACUGGGCCUUCGUUAAGCCCGACGACAUGCCGGCUUUCCCUGUCUUCGCCUCCCUAGGGAGAUCUCUCAGGUACCACACAGGAUCUCUGGCCUUUGGUUCUCUGAUCCUCUCCAUUGUCCAGGUCAUCAGGGUUCUGCUGGAGUACCUGGACCACAAGCUCAAAGGAACAGAGAACAAGUGCACUAAGUUCCUACUCUGCUGCCUCAAGUGCUGCUUCUGGUGUCUGGAGAAAUUCAUCAAGUUCCUCAACAGGAACGCCUACAUCAUGGUAGCGAUAUAUGGCAAAAACUUUUGCGCAUCCGCCAGUGAUGCCUUUUUACUCCUCAUGAGGAACAUGAUCAGGGUUGCCGUCCUGGACAAGGUGACAGACUUCCUGUUGUUCCUGGGUAAACUGCUCAUUGUGGGCCUCGUGGGAAUCUUUGCGUUCUUCUUCUUCUCUGGGAGGGUGAAGGCGUUGGAAAACACAGCCCCCAAUCUGCACUAUUACUGGGUGCCUAUCCUGACUGUGGUUGUCGGGUCAUAUCUCAUCGCCCAUGGGUUCUUCAGCGUGUACGCCAUGUGCGUGGACACUCUCUUCCUCUGCUUCUGCGAGGACCUGGAGAGAAAUGACGGUUCGGCGGAGCGUCCAUAUUUCAUGUCAGCGACCCUCCAUGACAUCCUGUGGGAGAACAAGGCUCCUGAGAACGUGGACCCGGAGGCCUCUGUACCUCUGCGGUCCGACAGCCAGGAGGUCCAGCUCCGACUGCAGCCACAGGAAGGGGAGAAGAAGGAAGAGGAGGACACGGGUUAACUGGAGUAGUUAGAGCAGGGAUGCCGUUGAUGGGCAGAACUAGGUCAAGAGGCGGAGGUCUUCAAGUCCACUCAAAUUCCUUUUCUUGUAGGAGUGCAUAGAAGUUUGAAGCAUUUGGACUGUAGAGGGAAGACACUGUAGUUGAAUCGCAGACCGUGGUCAAAUGGUGUUUUGAAGUCUUUUCAAGGACUGUAUAUUGAGGUUUGCUUAAACCUUGAACUGUAGGAAGUGUUCUCAUGUCUUAACCCCCUUCCUACCUGAAGCCAAGUCAUGUGCCUCAUUUAUAAACUUCCAGCUAAAGUAAUGUAAUUUAUGGUUUAGAUUACUAUAGCACUUAUCAAUAUUAAUCUGUGGUACUACUUGAACAACGUUAAGUGCACUUUUAUUUCUCAAGACCGAUUCACUGAUAGCAACAGCCAUUAAGUGAUCGUUUUGUAUCCUUUGGUACCUUCCUGAUAGAGCUGUUACCCUGACGACCAUCUCUAUUUGAGAGUCUAUCAAAAUCAAUCCAGUCUAAUGAAACACCUCUUGACUUGCAAUGACUGCCUGUCGACACAAGCGUUUCAUCACCCUGGUUUUAAAAGGCACAGUCUUCACUUGCACAUUGUAGCACUGUUUCACUAACAAUGUCAACUGAGCCGUAAGUUGUUGCAUUCCCUUCAUCUGGUGGAGCAGACACGCAAAACUAGGUGACUUGUGCCUCAAGUCCACAUUUUACAGGGUAGUUCCAGUAAACAUAGUAGAUCAGAAACCCCCAGGACAGCCUGACUUCUGUCGGAUCAUUAUUGUGAAAAAUAAUAUUUAAAGAGGAACAGUUUGUUAGGGUAUUCAUCUCUGUGGUAGAGCUUUCAUACUGAGUCUCCUGUGCCUCCCUUUCCUCUGUGCCCUUUCUGCAUGUUGGUAGUCGUGCUUAUGAUCACUUCAGGAUUAAAGAGACCUGAUUUUCCAUUUCCUGCUUCUGCCACUCCUUUUUUUCCCUCUCGGCGUUCUAAAUGUGGGGGGACCCAGAUGAAUGGGAGAUCUUACCAGAAUUGUCUAGAUGUUUUACCAUACAGUUACUGUGACCCUUCAUAAGCUGGAUUCACAGCAAGGCAGGCGAAUGUUUGGAUGUAUGUUGACUUUUUCCAGCUGUAGAGAACCGUUUCCAUGUUAUUACAUAUGAUGCUGUCUUCCACGUGGCUAUCUGCAUCUUGUCUGGCCUUUUGUUGUAGAUGUUUGACAUGAAAGGCUGAUCUUGAGUACCUAAUUAUACGUUUGUGUUCUUCAGUGGAGGACCUCGAGAGGAAUGACGGCAGUGCAGAGAGACCAUACUUGAUGUCCGAAAGCCUCCUCCAAGUCCUGAAGAAGAAGAACAAGGCGGAGCCUGCGGAGUAGAGCGCCCCCUGGGGACGGAGGUGUGCAUGGGAGGAAGGAAAGUCAGGCUGACGUCCAUCUUGGUUUGAGUUUGAAGUUCCAAAUGUAGUGGAAUAUGCAUUUUUUAAAGCCGGGAUUUAGCCAAAACUAUUGUGCUGGAACACUUAUGUAAUUGUGUGUGUGAUCUCGGUAGUGUCAUAUGUCUACACAUACACACCAGGUGCCGUCCCCUCUGGUUCAGGUUGUGUAAAAGUUCCCAAAUGAAGUUUAAUGCUGGAAGCCAGAGCUGCAUCCGAGCCAGGAUUUUGUCAGGUGUUUUGGAUUUGCCUUGUAGUCGUUUUUAGGAUUUAAAUAUAUAUAUUUGACACCUCCUGAAUGAAAAAUGUACUUAUGACAAUCUUGUUUGGUUCGUGUUUGAUCUCACUUUCUCAAAUAUCAGCACAAAUAUUUGAGGUACAGGUAUUUUAUGUGGAAUAUUGUUUUGGAGUGAGUUACAUGAAGGCGGGCAAAGAACUAAUCUAUAGUCAUAUAUAUAUAUAUAUAUAUAUAUAUAUAUAUAUAUAUAUAUAUAUAUAUAUAUAUAUAUAUAUAUAUAUAUAUAUAUAUAUUUAUAUAUAUACUGCAGGUCUGCACAGAAAAGGUCUCGUUUCUGUCAGUUUCAGUUUUUGAUAAUCGAACCUCAUGAAUACUAUGCAACUAUUUCAAUGAAUACUAAAGAAUGCUUUUGUCAAUACUUCCAAUUCCUUUUAAUUUUUACCAGAGCUGUUUAUAUUCAAGCCUCUUGGCAUCCCUAUAUUUAUCAGCAACCUUAAUGCCUUCUUUCUAUACCAGCUCCUGAGGGCACCAUUACGUGUCCGCAAACAUGCAACUAAACCUUUUCUCUCAAGGGCUCUUAAGCACAGUUUGAAGCAGUCUUUUUGUGUGUCAUGUGUAAACUUAGCAUGCAUAGUAAAAUUAACCUGUGGUAUUUGGCAUGUCAGUGUGUUGUUUCUAUAAAUUAAAAUAAAAUGGAUUUUUUU